AGCAGGAAAUCCGCAUUCAAGGUUUUGGUCUCCACGAAAUGCUGUCCUUCUCGGAUGUGGCCAUCGAGUUCUCUCCAGAAGAGAGGGAAUGCCUGCAGCCUGCUCAGUGGAAUCUGUACAGGGAUGUGAUGUUGGAGAACUAUAGCCACCUGGAAUUCCUGGGUCUUGCUGUGCCUAAGCCACACCUGGUGACAUUUCUGGAGCAAAGACCAGAGCCUUUAGAUGGGAAGAGACAAGCAGCAGCCGCCGGGCACCCAGGAAAAACAUCCAGUGAUUAUAAUGUUUACAACAAAGCCAUUGACUGUAACUCACUACACAUUCAACACCAAAGAAUUCGUACAAGGGAGAAACCCUUCAAGUGUGAAAAAUGUGGUAAGGGCCUUAGUUCUUAUAAAGCACUUUCCAUACACCAGAGACUUCACACUGGAGAAAAACCCUACACGUGUAAAGAAUGUCACAAGGCCUUCAAUACUCGCCAGUCACUUUUUAUACACCAGAAAGAUCACACUGAUGAGAAAACCUACAAGUGUGGAGAUUGUGGCAGGUCAUUUUACUAUCCUUCAAUGCUGAAGCAACAUCAAAAAAUUCAUUCUGGAGAGAAACCCUACAAGUGUGAAGAAUGUGGCCGAGCUUUUUAUGACCCUUCAAACCUAAAUAAGCACCAAAGAUAUCAUUUUGGUGAGAAACCAUACAAGUGUGAAGAGUGUGGCAAAUGUUUUUCCUCAGUUUCAUACCUUAGACAACAUCAAGUAAUUCACUCCAAAGACUAUCCCUACAAGUGUGUAGAGUGUGGCAAAAUGUUCUCCUCUUUUGCACACCUUCGGAAACAUCAGAGAGUCCACACUGAAAAGAAACCAUACAAGUGUAAGGAGUGUGGCAAAUGUUUUUCCUCAUCUUCAUCGCUUAGACGACAUCAACCAAUCCAUUCUGAAGACUAUCCCUACAAGUGUGCAGAGUGUGGCAAACGUCUUUCCAGUUUUAAAAGACUUAAAGAACAUCAGACAAUUCAUACUGGAGAGAAAUCAUACAAGUGUGAAGAGUGUGGCAAAUGUUUUUACUUACCUUUAUCUCUUCAGCGACAUCAAACAAUUCAUUGUGAAGACAAUCCCUACAAGUGUGGGGACUGUGGCAGAUGUUUUUACUCCUCGUUAUCCCUUAGAGAGCAUCAAACAAUCCAUUCUGAAGACAGUCCUUACAAGUGUGUAGAAUGUGGCAAGCAGUUUUCCUAUUCUAGGAGUCUUCUGGAGCAUCAAACAACUCAUACUGGAGAGAAACCCUACAAGUGCAAGGAAUGUGGCAAAGCCUUUCAUUAUCAGUCAUCCCUUAGAAAACACAAGAGAGUUCAUACUGGAGAGAAACCCUACAAGUGUGAAGCAUGUGACAGAUGUUUUUCCUGUUCUUCAUCCCUUAGACAACAUAAAAGAAAAAAGAAAAUUCAGGGGGGCUGGAGAGAUGGUUCAGAGGUUAAGGGCACUGACUGCUGCUCUUCCAGAGGUCCUGAAUUGAAUUCCCAGCAACUGCAUGGUUAAAAGUGUGGGGAAUGUAGCAAAGACUUUGCGAAUCUUUAUAGCCUUACUCAAUACAUGAUAGUUCAUACAGAAGAGAAAUCCUACAAAUGUCUUAAAAGUUUACUUUGUCAACCCUUAAAUCACAUCAAAUGAUUCAUUCUGACUACCAAGUCCAUGAGUGUGUGAAGUAUGGUAAAAAUCUUUGUUAGCAAUCCAGAUCUUAUCCAACCCUAAUGAAUCCAUGGUGGAGAAUGUCAAAUUAAUCAUUUUGCAAUGUCAGCAUGAACAUCUAACGUAGAACAGCUCAGAUACUAAGAAUGUCAUCAGAGAACAGCAGAAACUUCUCUUUGCUGCAACCCCAACAGUUUGUUCAAACAAUGUGUUUGAAAUUUGCCUUAAUGAAUGAAUCUCUAUCUUCUGUAACCAUAAAUGCUCCAUGAAAUGUUUCCCAUGUCCUAGCUUUGUCCACUGGUCACCCGGAAUCUGAGAUCUGGGCUGUGCCAUAGUUACUGUUGUUUUUCCCAGUGUAGUCAUCCAUGCUCCUGUAAUGUCCCCCUUGGUGUGUAAGAAGCUCUGCCUCUCUGAGCUAGCAGAUGUUCACCCAGCGCCUGGCUCUGGAAUCUUUAUUGGUAAAUAAAGGACAGAGACUGAGCUAAGACGGCAUGAAGGCUCUUCCAGUCUAGGGCCUCAGCCCCAAGGCAGCAGCGGUGGCUGUAUAGGUGCAGUCGUCAGCUGAGGCAGCUUUAGUAUCAGGUGCAGCUGCUGCUGUGCUUCAGACAAAAGCAGCAGUGCCCACAGAGCAAUAAUGCAGGAAAGGUGUGGAGCAACCAAUCGUUUUCUGACUGGAUACAAAGCUCAUUCCAUAAAUGGUAACUGAUGUGAUGUUAAUUUGUGAUAAACUUGUACCUGGCCAGGUGAUAAAUCCUAGGGAGAAUUUAAUGCUGUUAUUCUAAUGAGUGGACAGUAACUUAAUGAACCCAAGUUCUCAACUUUAUACCCACAGUCAGGAACCUCUAAACCCUCUCCAGAAAAUAUUGGGUGGUAGAUGGAGAAUAAUACACAGAGGCAAAUUGGUCAAAGUGUAGAGACUAUUAUCCUGGCAGCGGGGAGCUCUAAUCUAAAAGUGAUGUUUGUAUCACACACUGUAGAGAGGUCCCUUACACACAUCAAAAGUCAGGGAUUCCUGAGGGAGCAGAGGUAGAAAGAAUGUCAGAGCCAGGUAGCGUAGAUGUCUGCGCUGAAGCAGUAGAAAUGUUGAAAGAUUUCUAGGACAGGAAAACAGUGCUAGAAAUGUUGCUUGGAAACACCGUGGCCAUUACUAGCUGGACAACACUUACAUGGGUUAAAUCCCACCAUCCAAUAAGCAUGGUUGCAUAAGGAUUUCACUCUGUCUCACCCUGAGUGGAGGAGCUAUUGGCAAUUGAUGGCUUCUGAGGGAGACAGUCAGUCUGGAAGGCUUCCAGGCUUCAGUCAACUGUCCCACACCCCUACACUUGGAGGAAACACUUAAUGGAAUGAAAAAAUAAUAAAGAAAAAGCCCACCACGUUGGGAGAGUAAAAUGGUUUUAAGGGUUAGAAGUGAUAGGUGAAGGAAUGUGGAGGCUUGAAUAAUGAAUACAACGUGCAAUAUCAUGUAUUAAAUUCUCCCAAAAAUAAAUGUCAUUUUAAAGGUU